AUGAACUCCACAUAUCACAGCGAGGACACUUCUCUGCUGAACUUCACAUGUAGUUCUGAUGCAAGUAACUGCAACACAAACCACACAGAAAAUCACCAUCAUCAUCUCCUGCCGCGCUUCACCACCGCGGCUCAGGUCCGAGUCACCGUCACCCUCAUCCUGUGCGCACUGUCUGCCUGCUGCAACCUCGCCGUGCUUUACUCAGCCAAACAUAACCGCAGAAAACAAUCACACGUCCGAGUUAUCAUUACCAAUCUGGCUGUUGCGGAUUUACUGGUCACGUUUGUCGUCAUGCCGCUGGAUGCCGCGUGGAAUAUAACGGUACAGUGGCUUGCGGGAGAUGUCGCGUGUCGAUCACUGAUGUUCCUCAAACUCGUGGCCAUGUACUCGUGCGCUUUCAUGACUGUGGUGAUAAGUUUGGACCGACAGGCUGCUAUUCUAAAUCCUCUUUCCAUCAACCAAGCUAGGAGGAGGAAUAAAGUUCUGCUGAGUGUGGCGUGGACCAUGAGUGUCGUGUUAUCCGUACCACAGGUGUUUGUUUUCCACGUGGUGGUGAUUGAUUUCCCCGAGCAGUUUAUCCAGUGCACAACCCACGGCAGUUUUAGCUCACGGUGGCAGGAGACUCUUUACAACAUGCUUACCUUCACCUUUCUCUUCCUCAUACCCCUCCUCAUCAUGAUCUCUUGCUACACCAGGAUACUGUUUGAGAUCUCUAAGAAAAUGAAAGACGACUUGCUGUCCAACAGAGUCCAGCUGCGGAGGUCAAAGAACAACAUCCCAAAGGCACGUAUGCGUACACUGAAGAUGAGCGUGGUCAUUGUGCUGUCAUUCACGGUGUGUUGGACACCCUACUACAUGCUUGGUCUUUGGUACUGGUUCUAUCCUGCUGGACUGGAGGAAACCGUGUCGCACUCCCUCUCACACAUGCUUUUUGUCUUUGGGUUGUUAAACGCAUGUUUGGACCCCAUCAUCUACGGUCUCUUCACCAUUCCACUGUGUAGAGACAAGAGGCAGCGACGGCAUGACAGUAACAUGGUAACCUUAGAGCUAGAGAACACUAAUAACUCUCUGAUGACUUCCCUCAGAUGCUCUGCCUCCUCUUUUACCUUAAAAAGACUGGCAGUUCAGCACACUUCUAGGGAAAUGCUAGAAUUAGACGAAGAGCUUGUAAAAAGAUGACUGGGGCAGAUUUUUGUAUAAUAAUAAAUGUUUGUGUAAUAUUUGUUUUUUAAUGUAAUCAUUUUAGUUAAAG